AUGGUCCCGUUUGCUCUUUUCACAUAUAACACCACUGUGCAUUCUAGCACAAAUGACCCUUACUAUUUAGUGUAUGGGAGCGAUCCCGUGUUUCCAUUCGAUGUGGUCACUGAACCUAGCCAACCAAGUUACGAUGUUAGUGAGAACUAUGCGAGUGAACUGAGGGCAAGGUUAGCUUUAGCUCAUAGAUUGGCGCAGAAACAUGCAGAGAAAGCAGCUCAGGACAGGAAGGUGUACCACGAUCGCAAAAAUAAACCUCAUAAAUUUGUAAUCGGCGACAGAGUUUUUGUGACGCAGGUAGUAGUCCCUACAGGGUUAAAAAGGAAGUUAUUACCUAGAUGGCAGGGACCAAUUCUUCCAAAAUCAGAAGGAAAAGAGAUGGAAGAGAGUUCUAAUGAUGGUAAUAACUGUGAGGAAGAAAAGACACCCGCCUCUCCUACGACAUUAAACGAGAAUCCAACAAUUAUCUCCUUGAUGGAGUGUCCAGUGUGUUACGAGAACUUGGUGGCUCCCAUUUUCCAAUGCAUGGCCGGUCAUCUCCUAUGCGGCAGUUGCAGGGGACGAGUACAUCAGUGA